AUGAUCUCCAAAAUAUCCUCGGAUUACGAGGUGCUGGACCAGUACCAGUCGGACUCACGGCACCUGAAAAUCAUUCACGUGGGUGCAGGCGCUUCGGGACUCUUGGCUGCCUACAAAGCGGAGAGACUAUUGAAGAACUUCGAAUUAACCGUGUACGAAAACUAUCGCGGUUGUCAGAAACCCAACGAUCGGAGGGACUUGACCUAUUCUUUUGAACCGAAAUACGAUUGGUCUGGCUUCUACGCAUACGCAAUCGAAAUCCAAAAAUAUUUCGCCGAUUUUUAUGAGAAAUACCAGCUAGAUCGAUAUGUACGUUUGAACACGGAAGUCCUGAGUGCCACGUGGCUAGAAGCAGAGGGCGAAUGGGAAUUGGAGCUGAAAAAAGACGGCAUUAUAUUUACAGAUCGAUGUAAUGUGUUAAUCAAUGGAACUGGUGUUGUCAAUAAAUGGAAAUGGCCAGCGAUUAACGGUUUACACUCAUUCGAAGGGCCUCUGUUGCACAGUGCCAAUUGGGACUCCAGCUUGAAUUGGAAGGACAAACGAAUCGCAGUAUUAGGAACUGGCUCCAGCUCUAUUCAGAUGGUACCCUGCUUAGCAAAUGGCGCGAAGAGAUUAACAGUGUUUGCUCGAAAUCAGACAUGGAUUGCCCCUCAAGUUCCAUCCGAUGUGCAAAAGGCAGAUCCAAGCGGCGAGACGCCGGCAGCAGCUGGAAAGCAUCACUAUAUUGCUGCGGAAAAAGAGAGGUUUCGUACCGAUCGAGAGUUUUUCCUACAAUAUCGAAAGAACCUUGAGUCGAGGCUGACCGUCUCGUUUCCUGUAUUCAUUCGUGGGACGGAGCAAAACAUCAAAACGAAAGAGGCCUUUCGAGAGAGUAUGCUGCGGAAGAUAGGCCCUGGACAUGACGACCUCAAAGCAAAACUCAUCCCCAACUGGUCACCGGGCUGUCGAAGAUUGACGCCUGGAGAGGGAUAUCUUGAGACUUUGACUCAAGACCACGUCUCGGUGAUCUACGACGAAAUUGUGCAAAUCACCCCAAAAGGGAUUUUCACCGCAUCGGGAAGCGAUCUCGAGUUCGAUAUAAUCGCCUGUGCGACGGGUUUCUAUACCUCGUACAGGCCUCAUUUCAAGAUUGUCGGUAUGAAUGGCGCCGUGAUGCAGGAGGAUUGGAGCGAAGAGCCAAAUAUCUACCUAAGCAUCACAGGACCUAAAUAUCCCAAUUAUUUUGUCAUCAAUGGUCCGACCGGAAACUGGGGCCAAGGCUGCGCACUUCCGUCGCACGAAGUGCAGUUGGAGUACGCUUUCCAAUGCGUCAAGAAGAUGCAAGAAGAAGGCAUCAAGGCCAUGGAAGUACGGCAGGAGCCAACGACCCAGCUCAACGUGCAUAUCGACGCCUGGCAUCAGAAAUACAGCGUGUGGGCAGAAGAUUGUCGCUCUUGGUACAAAGACAACAAUCCAAAUGGCCGGGUGUACAUAUGGCCUGGCAGCCUGUUGCAUCAUUUGAAGGCCCUGCGAACGCCGCGCUACGAGCACUACGACCUGCGCUACCUCAACAACAAUGUCUGGGCCUUCUUGGGCAAUGGGAGGACAGAUCUGGAGUUGGCGCACGAGAAAGGGCAAAAAGUCGACCUGGCACCAUACAUUCGCGAUGAAGACGUGCCUUGGACUCUUGACUUGGACAAACUGUUGGCCUGA